AUGUCCAAUUUGGAUCUUUUAAGCGCCGGAUUCUCAGCAAUCCUUGGUACCAAAGUAACCCCGCAAGGAGACGAUGGGAAUCAACUUUCUAUCCACGAGCUUUUUAGCCAAACGUACGUGAUGAGACCCGUCCCCGCGAAACUCGAACCCGGCGAAGGAGAAUUCUCUCUGAGCGUGCUGACGUUGUAUGGCCAAGAAUUUAAUAUUCUAGUGAAAGGAGAAGACAGAAUCGAGCGAGUGAAAGCUAAGAUUCAAGAAAGGGAAGGUAAACCAGCAGAUGAGAUUCGACUCAUUUAUGCGGGACGACAACUUAUGGAUUUCGAAACUGUUAAACACUACAACAUCCAACCCGAUGACAGUAUCCACUUGGUUCCUCGCCUUCGCGGCGGAGGGGGUCCCUUACCUCGCGCGUUUGAUACAAACGAACUCGAUCCCGACUUCGAUUACGACUUCAGCGACGUCCAAGAUGAUGGUAAAAAGUAUAUGAGGGGAGGCUUCGAGUACAAACGACCGUACGGUUGGAAAAGAAUUGCAAUCAAAGUUGUUGGAAGGUAUGGAAACGACGAGUGGCUUGGUGCAAAUGGUUUGCGUACAAAAGAAUCGUCUAGGGAAUGGCCUGUAGCAUAUCACGGAACAAACAUGAGCAGUGCUAAGCUGAUUUUAAAAGAAGGCUAUAAACCUGGGCUGAGAGCUUUGUUUGGCAAAGGCAUCUAUACCAGCCCUAGUCUUGAAAUGGUUGAAAAGCUGUAUGCUCAAGAAUUCACUUGCAAGGGAAAAACCUACAAGAUUGUUUUACAGAAUCGCGUCAAUCCUGAUCAGAAAAAUGGUCGCCUCGAAAUCAUCCCUGCAUCAGAAACUGGGGCAGGAGCUGAUUACUGGUUGUCCCCAGGGGGUCAUGCAAAUGAUGUGCGUCCGUAUGGCAUCCUUAUACGGGAAGUUUCAAGAAAGAGGAAACGGCAAAGCAAAUAACUUGCGAUUCUAAGCCUGCUAACUAGCUUAAGACUUAAGUACUGUAAGUUUAUGUUAUUUUAUUCAUGCAGUCCCUUGAAUGAGGCUUCAAGGACCCCUGCCUCCCUACCCCCUGGCCACUAGCCUGCGACCAAAGCUACAAUCCUGGACAAAACUACUUGAGAAAAUGUUUUCAUUAAUGCGCAAUACCUAACGCAAGAAAAAUAUUUCCAAAUCAACAGCUUUGCAUAAAGAAAACCCCCUCCGCCAGUUCAAAGUUGCUUCCUACAAAUGCUUAGGGAUCCGGCUUUCUUUUGAAGACCCAACAACGCUGCUUCCAGGGGGAGGAGUGGGGAAGAAUCGGUCGGCUACGAAGUUCAGAAAAAAUGCCCCCCAAGUAUGCAAUUUUCUCAACAGUUUUGUCCAAGAUUGUAGCUGAUUGAGGGACUAGGAAGAGGAAGAGGUCACUUUCCCUUGCACUAUUUUCUCCUGCUGUCUCAUUGCUAUUGUCAGCCCCCAGCCAUCUCCCAAACAGAGAGCCCAUUCACAGGGUAUCCCCCCGCCCCUCAACAUAGCAUUGUCAUUAAAAUGAUUUUUGAGGAGUUACUGAUGCUUCUUGGUACCAGUACUUGAGGAAUUCCAGGAAAGAAGUCACAGGGAACUCCUUAUUCACUCCUAAAUUCCCUGUCCAAAUUGCCUGGUUUUCUUUUUUCUUUUGAAACAAAGAAAGUUAAUAUGGAAGAAAUUUUACCUUGGAUCAAGAGCUACUCAGGGUUCUUUUCUGUCUUCAAUUAUUGGUGCAGUUGAAGGGGUGUGUUGAAUAAGGCCAUCAAGGAUUGAUGCAAUGGUAAAUUCUCUCCUUUGUUCAUCAACAAAUACAAGGCAAUUUUGGAAGGGAAUUUAGCAGGUAAUCAGAGGUCACUUACUGUGAAACUCACAAAACAGUGAACACCAGAAAUGUUUAUGGAAUGUUGUGUUGUGAGGAAUUUGCCACUGAGGCGCGAGAAAACUAAACUGCGAACAGGAACGGUAAUUAGUUUGUGGUUUUGUAGUUUGCUUGCAUGUCCUUAACUUUACUGUAAUUGGCCAGUACACAAUCAACAUUCCUGAAAUUUUUUUGACAGCAAGUCUGAGUUUGACAGUAAGGCAUUUUUCCAUGCUAUUGUUAAAGUUUUACCUCAAAUCC